CUUCUGGUUUCUUUUUUAAUGUCAUCGAAUCACAUGGAUUAGUGACAGGAAACGACCCAAUUUCGACUGGUCUCUGAGUUGUCACCAUGCUUGUCCUUGUUAAUGUCAGGAUCUGGGAAAGUAUUUGAUCAAGGGGGAAGGUGCUGUGGGUGAAGUUGGCCAAGGAAAGGUCAGAGAUGAGUGUGAAGUUCUUUCUGAUCCCAGUGGUGACAGUUGGUCCAGAUGUGACUCCCUCCCCUGGCUGGGCGCUCCAGGCCAUGGCUGACACCAUCUUCGGCAGUGGGAGUGACCAGUGGGUUUGCCCCAAUGAUCGGCAGCUCGCCCUGCGGGCCAAGCUGCAGACGGGCUGGUCCAUGCACACCUACCAGACGGAGAAGCAGAGGAAGACCCAGUGCCUCAGCCCGGCUGAGGUGGAGGCCAUCCUGCAGGUCAUCCAGCGGGCAGAGCGGCUCGACGUCCUGGAGCAGCAGAGAAUCGGGCGGCUGGUGGAGCGGCUGGAGACCAUGAGGCAGAACGUGAUGGGGAACGGCCUCUCCCAGUGUCUGCUCUGUGGGGAGGUGCUGGGCUUCCUGGGCAGCUCGUCGGUGUUCUGCAAAGACUGUAGGAAGAAAGUCUGCACCAAAUGUGGGAUCGAGGCCUCCCCUGGCCAGAAGCGGCCCCUGUGGCUGUGUAAGAUCUGCAGUGAGCAGAGAGAGGUCUGGAAGAGGUCGGGGGCCUGGUUCUACAAAGGGCUCCCCAAGUACAUCCUGCCCCUGAAGACCUCCGGCCGGGCUGAUGACCUCCACUUCCAAGCUGUGCCCAUGGAACCGGCCGAGCAGGAGCCCAGGAGCACUGAGACCAGUCAUAUCUACACAUGGGCCCGAGGGAGAGUGGUUUCCAGUGACAGUGACAGCGACUCAGAUCUCAGCUCCUCCAGCCUGGAGGACAGACUCCCGCCCACUGGGGUCAGAGACCCGAGAGGCAACAAACCCUGGGGGGAAUCAGGUAGCCGCGUGGAGUCACCCAAGAUGGGGCUCACCCGCCCGCCCAGCCACCUCUCGGGGAGCCAGAGCAGCCUGGCCAGCGAGACCGGGAUGGGCUCUGCAGACCUGCAGGGGGGCACCCCUCCCUGGCCGGACCCAAAGGGCCCUAGCAAAAGGCACACCUGGGCGAGUCCGCGCUGAUGAUGUGGCCACAGACGGUCCCCUCUGCCUGCUGUGGGCAGAGGUGUGUGUGGUGCCUGGAGCAGACUUGCCAGUGGAAGAGCUGGAGAGAGAGAGAGAAAACUGCAGCCAGACCCCUCCUGGCUCGUCCUGGAGCCCUCAGCUGGCCAGCUCUGGUGGACAUGACCUCUGACUCAACAAACCAGUGUUUGGGGGGCUGAGUCUGCCUCCCCCCACCCAGUGCCUUUCUGCACCCCUUCUCUCCUAGGAGCCCUCCUCUCCCCACCCCUAGCCAUUCCACUCAGCCGUGACCUUAAUUUAUUGCCGUCCCGCUACUCCCACCCCCAGUCUACCCUGUGUUCAUUUUAAGUUUGCACAUGUCUUGGGUUGGACUGGAAGGGAAGACCCAUCUUGUGGGGCUUUCUCAUAUGCACUGCAGUUUCAGAGGGGUGCCAGGUGGGUUUUCUCCAUAUUUGUAUUAAUGGAAGAAGAAAUCCAACGCUCAGCAUUACCCUUCAGAGCUGAACUUGUCCCCUAGAGGCAAGCGGUGGAGCCCGGAGCAAGUGGGGUGACAGAUUCCCCACCUUUUCCCUCUCCCUGCAGCUCCGCGGAGGAGCGAGCAGCAUCCUCCUUUGGCUCAGGACUGGCCCCGGAGCUGCUGUUGAAACCUGGCUCUUUGUUGGGUCGCUUAGAACCCCUCCAUUGGCCUCGCCGGGUUUUGCUCAGCUUCUCCCCAGCUUGCGGAGCUGGGAGGGUCCUGGUGAAUACUGUGAAUUCAUUCAUUGAAGAGCAGCCUUCAGCUGAGUCCCCAGCCGGGGCAUGUGGCUCCCCUAAGCCAUUAAUUCACUUCUCUUCAGUAGGUUUGGUUUGGCGUGAAAAAUAUUUAAUUCAAUUCAAAGUGCAGCCAAAUGCUCCUGGAAGACCCUUCCCUGAAGAGAGAGAACGUGUGUUUGUGUGUGUGUGUGUGUGUGUGUGUGUUGGAGUCCACACCCUCCCGUCAUUCCUGCCCCUCCUCCCACUGCUCCCCGUGCCCCGUCCUUGAAGGGUCUCCUUCUCUCCAGGCUCCCAGGCCCCCACCAUUAGCUUUUUUGCCCUUGCCACUGGCAGACGGUAAAGAAACUCACUGUUUCCCUGUGACAAGUUAUGCUUCAGAAUAAAAACAAUAAAGAUUAGAAUUUGCACUGAGCCAGUGUGUUCAUCCAAAGA